AUGGCAGCCGGUAGUCGCAUUCGAGAGUUCAACCUCAGUGAACACUCGUCGUGGGUGGAGUAUGUCGAGCGCAUUGAGUUGUAUUGUGCAGCGAGCAAGCUCACAACGGAUGAGGACAAGCGAGCGGUGUUGCUCAGCUGCUAUGGCCCAGAGACGUACUCCCUCAUAGCCACUCUCGUGAAGCCGUCGCGACCGCCAAACGUGGACUACCAAGUCAUCGUUGAUGCAGUAAAGAAGCACGUCAACCCGAAGCCAUCUGAACUAUACGCGAGGAAAACCCAGGACCAUGGAAACGCAGAUUGCCUGAGUAGGUUGCCGGCUCCCUUAACCCGACAGGAGACUGAAGUACCGGGUGACAUACUCCUACUGGAAGCUGUGGAGUACCCUCCAGUGAGCGCACGAGAAGUGGCAGCGUACACCAGCAGUGAUCCCCAGCUGUCCCAAGUGAAGAAAUGGAUCCUGGAGGGUUGGCCACGCGAGCGAGUAGCCCCGGAGUACUCUGCGUAUGAGCACUCUACGCCACACUCCGAAACCGGCAAAUCACCUGCAGAAGUCAUGCUGGGUCGGAACUUCAGGACGGCCAUAUCGACCCUUCAACGGGACGAGAGCGAAGCAAGAUGCCUGCUGCCGCCUCCACAACGUGGGUUCCUGCCGGGUGAUACUGUGUACGCGAGAAACUUCCGGCCCGGCCCCGAGUGGGUUCCUGGUCGUGUGUUGCGACGUUUGGGCCACGUCAUGUACGAGCUGCGGACUGCAGACGGUACUGUGCACCGACGCCACCGGGACCACGUGCGCCGAGCAUGGCACGAUGAGCCCGGAGGCCAUGAAACGUCGCCCUCUUUUGCGCUCCCGGAUACACCAAGCCCCACCCUGGGACCUGUCGGGCCUGAAUCGCCGCAGCAUCUCAGGCGUUCCGCUUGCCAACGCCGCCCAGUGCGACGUUACGGCAUCGAUGACUAA